AUGGGGUCUCUCUGGGGAAGCAAGACGAAUGGUGAGGAUCAUGAAGACCAACAGGAGCAUCAUGAAGACGAAGCAGAAGAACCGAGCGCAACAUCUUCACACAGCCAACCGAGUCGACGCUCUGAAGAUGCAACUGAACGGACCAGGCUGUUGCCUCGCCACGGUCAAAGUGCUGGAUAUUUGAGUCCAGAUGACCCUGCUGUCUCUCCAUACAAUUUGUGGGGAGUUCGAGCAUUGCGGUGGUUCGAAGUCCUUUUCCUUGUAAUCACCUGCCUGUGGUGGGUCAUACUCUUCAUAUCUCUCUUCGUGAGCCCUCCGAAGAUGUACUCGAGGGGGUCAGGUUUCUUUGAUGUCUCAUACACCACCCUCACCAUCGGCAACAUCCUGAUAGCUCUACUGUUUUUUGCUGUGCCGUCAACCGCAAUGAGUAUUCUCAGCAUGGCAAUAUCGGUCCUCCUCCUCAUCGACAUGAUCAUUAUCCUGGCCGCGGCGCGCAUCAGACUGGAAGAAGGAUGGAUUGGGAUAGCCUCAGUGGUGUGGGCCGCCCUUAUCGCCUUCUACAAUGUUGUAGCAAACAGAGCUGUGAAAUGGGGCAAGGCUGAGGAGGAACAACGUCUCACUGGACGCCACGAAACACGUCGGUCCCUAAGGGAGUGGUGUGCUGUCUUCACGGCUACCUUCUUCAUGGUGAUCUACGUCAUCAUCACGGUCCUUCUCACGGCAACCUUGGUUCUACGUUCCCGCGAUGCAACGCUGUCCCCUCCAGGCCGUCGUUACCUGGUGGAUGGUGACAAGUAUCAAGUCCACUUUGCAUGUGUUGGCAACCAGACGUACACCCACAAGGGCAAACCCAACCCUACAGUCCUCCUGGAAGGUGGAUACAUGCCAGUUGAGGAUUCUUUUGAGGAAUGGGUUUACGAUGCCUAUCAGAAUGGUACCAUCCCCCGCUACUGCUACUGGGAUCGGCCAGGAUUGGCGUGGUCUGAUAACGCGCCAUCCCCACAUUCUGCUGGAAUGUCUGCCGAUGCAAUCUCGGAGGCUCUCGCCGUUGCUGGCGAGGAGGGACCAUGGAUCUUGGUCUCUGCAGGCAUUGGCAGUAUUUACAGUCGGGUGUUUUCUGCUCGGCACCCGCGUGCCAUCGCAGGCAUGAUGUUCAUCGACGGGCUACACGAGGAUCUACUCUACAAAAUCGCAAGCCCAGGUCGAGGUUUCGUGCUCUGGGGCCGUGGGAUCAUCUCACCGCUAGGACUUGAUCGACUGGCUGGUGCACUAUUCAAAGGGCGCACCAAAGAAGACCGAGUCUUCGGCAAGUCGUCUUACCAAGGUGGAAAAUUCAUCAAGAACAAGUUGCAAGAAAACUUGAUCGCAGAUACAUUGACGAAGAACGAAGUGGUUAGUGCAAGAAACAUACAAGAUCCAAAGGUCCCGCUCGUGGUGGUGACUUCAGGUGUGCACAUCCGACAAGAUAAAGACUGGGAGCGAAAGCAAGAGGACUUGACCAAGGUCACUGAAAAACUGCUGGCGUGGGACAUUGUGAAGGGAGCACCACGAGAAGAGGUGUGGAGAACAUUGGAAGGCCGAAGGAUGCUGGAAAAGAGACUGGGAGAACUUUACAAUAAUGGUUCUUAA